UGCGGCCGUAACCAUUGUCCUCGAGAUCUUGGCUAGUCCUGACCGCGACCCAGCAGAAGCACACCCGCCCUGUCCUCUCCUCACCACCAUCCCCACACCCAUCCAUUCGCACGGCACUUGCCUUGAGCGCACUUCGCACGGCUCGCUGUGCGAUAGGGGCGAUCCUUGGCGGGGCGGCAUGAAGCCAUCGCGGAGCGACGAGGUGCUGCCGCCGGAGGAGCAGGCGGCGGCCACGGCCAAGGUGGAGCAAUACUUUGAGUCGCAGGCACCCAGGCGCGCCCCGAAGCCGAGCCGCAGCGAGGCGGGCGAGGGCGGGGCGGUGUUGGGCGCGGGCGACGCCGUGGCCGUGGACCUGCCGGAGAGGCGCGCACUGGCGCACCUCGUGGCGCACAGCGGGCCGGUGUGUCCCGUGGGCACGCCAGAGGUGGCGGACCCGGAGCACCACCCCGCCACGUCGUACUAUGAGCAUCUGCACUUCGAUGGCCCGCACUGCCCGACGGGCAAAGGCUUCAUAAAGCUGGACGCCAAGGCGGAGGUGCCAGUGCACGUGGUGGAGCACCACGCACCGCCACCGCCGCUGCUCGUCCAUUCCCACCCACACACCAACCCUGCCAGGGAUGACUGGGCUCCUGAAUAGCCCCCCUGUGUCCUCCCUUUUUCUCGACCAGACCACCUUCAAUUCAUAAGAUAGGACACGAUGAGAUUGAUGCAACCAUGUGUAUUGCUGUCAUCACUAGGCAUAACCGGAUCCACAG